AUGCAACGAAACCUACUCAGACGUAAUUUUAUUCUGAAUUGUAGAGUACAUAUACAAUGCAACAUCAGAUCAUACAUAGGUUGUUCUCCAAAUAUAAUCAAUAAUGUGUUCAAUAAUGAUACAUGGGUUCUUCAAAAACCGUCAUUAAAACACUUACCAAUUCAGGAACGAGAUGUAACACAUUAUAAUGGAAUGACCACUAAACCAUUUGAAUUUCAGUUAAAUGAAGAUAACAAAUCCAUCUAUAAAACAGAUAUUACGUUUAAGAAUCAAAUAGAUAACUCAUUACGACAAUUAUACCAUACACAUAUCAGAACCGAAACAUUCGACCAAACUUCUAAGUCACCAUUUUUAGAAUCUUCAUGGUUGAAACUUCGAGAUUAUAUAUAUAUGCAACUUACAAACCCACAGCUACCAACACAAAUCAAAACAUAUAAACCUACGGUAUCACAGUGUGUGCAACCCACAGAACCUUCAUGCUUAAUUGCACAACUGUAUAAUAGUAAUAAAAUACCAUCAUCUACGUGGCGUACUGUAAUGCAUUUAUCAGAAGAAACACCUGUAUCAGAUUCACUAAUAUAUCACCAUAUAAUUUCCAAGACUAUUACAUAUAUAAAUGAGAAAGAAAUAAUACCACAACGAUUAAAGACAAUAGAUACAGAUGACACUGACAGCGUAGAUGUUGGGAACCCAACCGAAUGGUACCCUGAAGCAAGAAAGAUUAAACGUCAUAUCAUUCUACAUCUUGGCCCUACCAACUCUGGUAAGACUCAUAGAGCACUUAAAAAACUUAGAGAGGCUGAUAGAGGGUAUUAUGCGGGACCAUUAAGACUACUUGCAAGAGAAGUUUACGAUCGAUUCAAACAAGAAGGAAUUCCCUGUAAUUUACUUACCGGGGAGGAAGUUAUCAGUGAGUUAGACUCAUUAGGAAAUAAAGUCGGCAUAACUGCAGGUACAGUGGAAAUGUUGCCCACCACUUCUGAAUUUGAUGUUGUGGUAUUGGAUGAAAUCCAAAUGAUGUCAGACGAGGAUCGAGGUUGGGCAUGGACAAAUGUUCUCUUAGGUGCAAAGGCAAAGGAGAUACAUGUCUGUGGUGAAAAAAGUGCGUUACCCUUGAUUAAAAAGUUAAUAAAAAUCACAGGAGAUAAACUAACUGUGAAUGAGUAUGAAAGACUAGGAAAAUUAGUCAUUGAAGAUAAACCUAUCGGUAAUAACCUAAAGGGUUUACGAAAGGGUGAUUGUAUUAUAGCCUUCUCAAAGAAAAAAAUCUUAGAUACAAAAUUGAAAAUAGAGAAGAUGACAAAUUUGAAAGUUGCAGUAAUAUAUGGCUCUCUCCCACCAGAGACUCGUGUUCAACAAGCAGCCUUGUUUAAUAAUGGAGAAUAUGAUGUGCUUGUUGCUUCAGAUGCAAUUGGGAUGGGCUUGAAUUUAGCCAUAGAUCGUGUAAUAUUUAACACAGACAUGAAAUUUAAUGGUACAGAGAUGACUACUUUGACAGACUCUCAAAUUAAGCAAAUUGGUGGACGUGCUGGCCGUUUUAAAUCAACAAAGACUUCAUCGUCGUCAUCAUCUGUGGGUGAAGUAAGACCUACUGGUUAUAUUACAGCUGUCGAUCACAAUGUUCUCGCAACAAUCAAACGUGGUAUGGAGGCUCCCGUGACAUAUCUGGAAUCUGCUGUGAUAUGGCCAACAUUCGAGAUCUGCUCCCAAUUGAUGAUCCGAUAUCCACCUGGAACCAGUUUCAGUUUCUUAUUAAAUCGUUUCUCUCAACAAAUGAAAAUUCGUGAAGAUAAGAUAUAUAAGUUGCCUGAAUUCGAGGAUCGACUAAGGAAUAUAGCAUUAUUUGAACACAUCGAGGGACUUUCAUUCACUGAUCAAUUGAGAUUGAGUUGUGCUCCGAUCAAAGAUAUGCCAUUAGUGAAAGAUGCCUUUAGAAAAUUCUGUCGCACGAUUGCCAAUCGUCAUAGUAGAGGACUCCUAUCGUAUAACUUCCCAUUCGAACUACUUAACUAUCAAUGCAUAGACAAUGAAAAGUUCACACUAGAGCAAUACGAAGCAUUAUACAACAUCAUAAUGCUAUUUUUCUGGUUAAGUAACAGAUAUCCGAAUUAUUUUAUAGAUACAGAGUCAGCUAAGGAUCUGAAGUAUUUCUGCGAGCUGAUUAUCUUCGAGAAACUCGACCGUCUCAAGAAGAAUCCCUACAUGCAACGUGGAGCUAGCGGUGGCAUUCGUUCCCUCUACAUCAAGAAUCGUAGAAGAUAG